ACGAAGUUGGGUGGGUGUAUUGUGGCUGCCGAGCUGGUCCCGGCGCCGCGCCGUCUGCGGGCGUUCCUGUGGCGCGCGCCGCCGCCGGGUGGUCGCAUCGAGACGCAGGCAGGCCUCAGGCCGGCGGCGCGGCUGUGCCUCGUGGUUCACCGGACCCGAGGUCCGUGAACCGCCGCGAUGUCGAUCUUCACCCCCACCAACCAGAUCCGCCUGACCAAUGUGGCCGUAGUACGGAUGAAGCGAGCCGGGAAGCGCUUCGAAAUCGCUUGCUACAAAAACAAGGUCGUGGGCUGGCGGAGCGGCGUGGAAAAAGACCUUGAUGAAGUUCUGCAGACCCACUCGGUGUUUGUAAAUGUCUCUAAAGGUCAGGUUGCAAAGAAGGAAGAUCUCAUCAGUGCAUUUGGAACAGAUGACCAGACGGAAAUCUGUAAGCAGAUUUUGAAUAAAGGAGAGGUUCAAGUGUCAGAUAAAGAACGGCACACACAGCUGGAGCAGAUGUUUAGGGACAUUGCAACUAUUGUGGCCGACAAAUGUGUGAACCCUGAAACAAAGAGACCGUACACCGUUAUCCUUAUUGAGAGAGCCAUGAAGGACAUCCACUAUUCGGUCAAACCCAAGAGUACAAAACAGCAGGCUUUGGAAGUGAUAAAGCAGUUAAAGGAGAACAUGAAGAUAGAACGCGCUCACAUGAGACUUCGGUUCAUUCUUCCAGUGAAUGAAGGGAAGAAGCUGAAAGAAAAACUCAAGCCCCUGAUCAAGGUUAUAGAAAGUGAAGACUAUGGUCAACAGUUAGAAAUUGUGUGUCUCAUUGACCCCGGCUGCUUCCGAGAAAUCGAUGAGCUCAUAAAAAAGGAGACAAAAGGCAAAGACUCUUUGGAAGUACUCAAUCUGAAAGACGUGGAGGAAGGGGAUGAGAAAUUUGAGUGACAGUCGUCAGUCUCUUCAGCUGUCAAACACUAAAGCGUUUUCAUUUCCCACGACCCUGUUUUUUUUCUGUAAUCUGCCAAGUACUUGCUCAGACAAGUUGACAUUUUCCAUCUUUGUGGCAAACGUGUGCACAAAAAGACUUAACUAAGAUGGGAGAGUUCUUAGCAGGAUUAAACAAGUCAGGAGAAGGCGUGCUCAGAACAGGGCCUGUUCUGUUAAAUACCUGGUAAAUCUUAGGAAAUACUAUUUGGGAUGUAAUCGAACUUGAGUAUUUUAGUAUUUGAAUACUUAGACAGUGUGCAAGUGUUUUUAAAUCAACUUAUCCUCAAAAGAGAUAGUCUAGAGUACAAAGUAGGGUUUCACUCAAAAUAAACAUAAAGAUGUAUUUUAUGGAUGGAACUUUUUAAGUGAGAAAACAUUCUUGACUUGAACAGAUCCUGAUUGGUUGAUUGAAGUCAAAAAUUUUUCUCAUAAUAUUAGAAGAAAUAUUCUUGCUGGAUGACAUUGGAAAGACACACUUUCUUUAAUACUGAACUUGAACUACUGUUCUGAUACAAUCUUCAAGAUGACCCCCUCACUGAUUCCAUCUUACUUACAUAGUUUGUUGUUUUACAAAGGUAAUCUAAACUUGAAGUCCCAGGAAAUAAUUUCAACCAACGAGGUUUACACUUUAUUUCUGGCUUAAACAGUGAAAGCAGUGCUUCAGGUCGAAACUCAUGAUUACUAAAAAUGUUCAAGAGCUGCAUCUUGAGUAGAAAAAGAUAAAAUGUUACUACAACAUUGCCUUAAGUUUUCCCCAUUCUCAUCCUCAUUUCUUCUAAAAAGCUGGAACUUCAAGAAAUGUCGAAUGUAGAUUGAACUGAGUCAUGUUUCUGAACCUAUAAAAAAUAAAAAGUUUUUACCU